AUGGCCCGAGGCGUCGUGGCUGAGUAUGGCACCCUCCUCCAGAACCUGACCAACAACAUCACCCUUGAAGAUCUAGAGCAGCGCAAAUCGGUCUGCAAGGAGGACGUCCCCAGUGAGAAGAAGGAGAUCACACCAGGCAGUGCCCGGUUUAGCUUCCUGAAGAUCCCCAACAAGCUAGACCAAGACAACCUCUCCUACGUCGAGCACAUCUUUCAGCUCUCUCACGGUCCUGACCUACUCGCUAUGUUGGUUGGCUAUAGAACCCGUGUUCUGAAGAUCUCUGGAAAGGAUGAGCUGGACACCAAGCUAACUCGUAUCUCCAGUGCCCAGAAGUACGAAGACAUUAUCCGGCAGCCUUCUGAGGAAGAGAUCAUCAAAUUUGCUCCUCCACGGAAGAAAUCCUGA